AUCACCGGAGCGAUGGCUUGAAGUCACUCUCAUCAGCAACAAAGCAAAGGCAACAGCAGCGGCACUGACGUAAACCAUCCAGCACAUCACCGGAACCAUACGGACGCGUACCGACACCAUACUGUCUCCUGCGUACGAUUAACAGGAUGGAAAUCUGGCGCUGAGAGACACUGGGAUCUGACGAUGCUCGGACUUCAAUUCGUGGCAACGGUUGAAAUGCGCGUUAAAUGGAUACUUAUGACAAGAUGCUGCAGGGUGCCGCAUUGCCUGGCCGCUUGAUGGGGAUGAAAGUAUAGAGUAGUGCUUUUAUCGGACAUGGUCGUUUUUACAUGCUUUUUGGGGUGGGCUGGAAUGAACGAACGGAUUUUAGGGUCGAAUUAAUGGACAGACGUCAUUGAAUUCAAUGCAUUCGAUUUUAUCGCAAAUACACACGAUUUAAGCCAUGCAAUCGACGAGCACGACCGGAUGAAUGUAUGUGAUAUCCGUAAUAAACCUAUACGAUACAGGUAAGGACUUGGUAUAUGAGGUACCCUAUCAGUUUCAAAGCUUACACUCAGGACCAUCCAAAAGUCUGGUUUAACGUGAAAGGACUGCGGUGAGCGUGAUCUUUUGAUUGACAUCCAUCAUCAUUUCUACUCUAUAUAGACUAGUACAGAGUAUUGCGUAUAGUAUUGUACAGUAUAGUUAGCAUUGGUCCAGAGCAAGGACAAUGACUCAUUUACAGGCAGGCCUGUCUCCAGAAACCCUGGAGAAAGCCAAGGUGGAGUUAAAGGAGAACCCCGACACUUUGCAUCAGGACAUACAGGAGGUGAGGGACAUGAUCAUCACUCGUCCAGACAUUGGCUUUCUCAGGACAGACGAUGCUUUCAUCCUGCGCUUUCUCAGAGCACGGAAAUUUAACCAUUUCGAGGCCUUCCGUCUCCUGGCCCAGUACUUUGAGUAUCGCCAACAGAAUUUAGAUAUGUUCAAGAACUUAAAAGCGACCGAUCCGGGGAUCAAACAGGCCCUGAAGGAUGGAUUUCCGGGGGUGCUGUCGAAUUUGGAUAGAUACGGGAGGAAGAUUCUGGUUCUGUUCGCAGCGAACUGGGAUCAGAGCAGGUACACGUUUGUGGAUAUUCUGCGUGCCAUCUUACUUUCUCUGGAGGCAAUGAUAGAGGACCCUGAGCUACAAGUAAAUGGAUUUGUCCUGAUCAUUGACUGGAGCAAUUUCACUUUCAAGCAAGCUUCCAAGCUGACGCCAAGCAUGCUGAGAUUGGCAAUUGAGGGGCUGCAGGACAGUUUUCCAGCCCGGUUUGGAGGAAUCCAUUUUGUUAACCAACCUUGGUACAUCCACGCUCUUUAUACAGUCAUCCGGCCCUUCCUGAAGGACAAAACAAGAAAACGGAUCUUCAUGCAUGGAAACAAUCUGAACAGCUUACACCAGCUGAUUCUGCCUGAGAUUCUGCCAUCUGAACUGGGUGGCAUGCUGCCUCCUUACGACAUGGGCACCUGGGCCAGGACGCUGCUCGACCACGCGUACGAUGAGGAGACUGACUACUGCCCCGAGUCCUACACCCUGUCCGUCAAAGACCUGGAGAAAGAUCUUUCCCCUAAAUCCAUGAAGAGGUCCCAGUCCGUGGUGGAGCCAGGUGUCCUAAAACGACCAGAGAAAGCGAAGAGUGAGGAAGAGAACAUGCAGCCCCUGCUUUCACUGGACUAAAGGCUCUUAAUUCCCGGGAGGCACUGGGAAUGAGCGCACCCUGUUCCUGUAAUGCGAGAAAGCUAAAUGUACAAAGAAAGGUAACGUUAAGGAGAGGAAAAGCAGAGAAAGACACAAACAGCCUGCAGGAAGACUGCGAAGGGCUGCCAUUUAUGUGAUAUUUUUCAAGCAGAGAGCUAGCAGCAGACGUCCGUAUGUAAUUGUCAAGUGCCAACUCAAUUCUGUAAAUACACUAGACGUGAUUAGACGUGAGAUCGAGUGAGUAAUUGUCACACGAACCUGUAAAGACUGCUAUGAAUAUCCUGUAUGUGCUUCUCGUGAUUAUUAUGUAGAACAUGGUACUGUGGGAUGGGUAAAUCAUGCUUAUCAAUAUUCACAAGCUUUUGGGUUUCUGACAUUUUUAAUCCCCAAGAGUUGCUCAGGCGUUUUAGGAAUGUGUAGAGCUUAUAGUGUCCGAAAGGCGUAUUUUGCUUCCGUUAAAAAUAAAAAUACCAUUGUUUGAUCAGGUUCAGUUUUUCACAGCAAUUACCCCUUUACAAAUCAUUGAAAACAUUUUUCCAUCGAGCAUUAUUUUACCACAAGUUAGCCUGCGUUUUUGCUUUAGUGUUCUUAUGUCCCGUGAGGUCAAUUCACAUAGGCACAAUUUUUUUACCGAUGGUCUUGAUGUUUUUCCUAUGAUGUUCAGGCAAGGAACAUUGCUUUUUGGGUUAAAUGUUUUUGCUUUGAGUCUGUUUCAAGACAUUAUAUCCAUAUCCAGGACCAAACCUUACCUGCUGUUAAAGUGUUGAUGGAAAUGUCUAAUUCAACGGCCUUCCAUUUUAAAGUCUAUUUUUAGGUACUUUAUGAAGUUUAAGGAAUUGUUCACUUACAAGAAAAUUCUGUCAUUAUCAACUCACCUUUUUCCAUACAGUUCACAGUGUCUUGUAAGACUAAAAACAAAAAAACACACUACUAAUAGUAGGCUAUAUAUGAGGUUUAUAUGUAGUCUACACGUGUGUCACAUUUCCAGUGUUCAGUUUUGUGAGGAACAGACUGAAGCAUUUGUGGCCACUAUGAAUUGUUCUUAAUAUUUGAAUGUUGGUUAAAUGGAAAACUAAGAUCGCAUCUUUAUGUUAAAAGAUGCAACGAUCAGCAAUGUUUUUAAAAACUGAAAUUGCCACGCCAUUGACAACUUACUAUAAACAAAAGCUCGCAAUGCUCGCACCACCUUCUUAUUGGUGCACUGCUGUGGAACUGACUUCGAUAAGCUGCACUGCGUACGGAGCCACGAAACAGUAUGUUUCAAUGAGUGCGUUUACAUGCACAAAAUAAACGGAAAUCCAUCAAAAAACCUGUUUCACGUGUUUACAUGCAUAGUAAUAAGCCGGCUACGCAUAAAAUCGCGUUUAUAUGGAUGUUUGAGACUUGCCGGGUUUCUCGUGUGCAGUAACGUCACCGUUGAUAGUCUGUUUAGUAAUUAAAAUGCAGCGGGAAAACAGUCAGACGCUGAAUUUCUGUAUCUCUUCUCCUGUCCACAGUACCUGCAUAUGCAACAAUAGUUCUUCAUUUUGAUGUUUCUGCAUCGACUGCAUGAUUAUUGAGCGGACUUUUGUACGUUAUUUUACUACUACUUCCGUUUGGGACUUUUACUAUCGCGCUGUUAGACGCACAUAACCAAAACAGAGAUAAAACCAGUAAAGGCUUUUGCAUGCAGUCCGAAAUCGAAGUAAUGGGUAAAAAACUACCUCUGCCGAGCGGGUUUUGCUCACGCGGUUUAAGAGCUUUCCCCGAUACAAAUAAACAGUUUUUACAUGUUUACAUGACCUUACUUGUUCUCAUCUUAUUAUGUAUAAUCAGAUUAAGACUGCAUGUAAACGCACUCAAUGAGGUCUUCGCCCGAAUGUUUUUGGUGCAAGUUGAAAUAUCGCAUCUAAAACAAUUUGGAAAGACGUUAGGGUGAAUAGAUAAUGACAGAAUCAUUUUACCUGAAAUAUUCCUUUAAAGUAUUAAUUCAAGCCAAAUGCAAACAAGCUGUUGUAUCAUGCUCUAGCAUGCUUCCAUAGUAUCUUGGUCAGCGUAUGGGUUAGAUUGUGUCAAAAUAAUUUACUCAAAAUUACUCCGUUUCAUGGAACGUUGUUGUGUUAUUUGUCUCUUUGCCAGUAUGUUUUUACAUUGGUUUAGUUUCAAGCCCACCAUUUGAUUUUAGGGAUGUUUUGUGUGUGUACGAAACAAGGACAAUCUGUAUUUUCACCCAUACUAUUAUUGUUACAUGAAGAAAACAUGGAAGUAUAAAAGAAUAUGAAUAUUCAGCAUUUAGUAAUAACUACGUGACUUAAUCUGGACAGAAGUACAUCACAAGCAACUUUAUUCUCACUAAAGAUUUGUUUAGAGCCUCUAUUGUAUAAAUCUAUUUGAGGACAAAUGAAGAUAGGAGUGGUUAUAAUUAUGUGUGUGGUUAAGUCACUAUUUUGUAUUAUAUAAAAGUUUAAAAUCUAUUGGCUCAGCUUCUAUAUAGUGGCAGAGAUUUGUUCAUGUUUUAUUUGUAUUGUAUUGAGUUUUUUUAUAUAUUUGCUAUGUCUGUACCCUUCAUGUGUCUCUUCAGAAUCUCAGUAUCUCCAUUUCCAAUGUAUAUUAUGACUUCUUAACAUCUAAAAACUCUCUUGAGUCUCAGAAUUGAAACCUGUUGCUAAAAAAGGAAACAAAUCAUUACUUUUCCCUAAACAGAUCAUUAUUGUUCCUUCAUUCAAAUUUGGCUUUUUUAAAUCUGAAUGUAUUCCCCCAGAGAGUAAUGUCUUACUGGGUUAGAAGAAUGGCAAUUAUGUAAAGCCAUUAUUACAUUUUCAGUCUCAUUGAAUGACGAUCAGACAUAGUAACCAAAAAAAACUCCUGUAAAUGGUUACCCUCAGAUUACAGUGUAAAUUGAUCUGUUUCAGUAUAUACAGUAUUUAUUAGAUCUGUCUUAUUGCAAUGACCAGUAUUUUAAUACACCUCUUUAUUUGUAUUCUUGUGUAUGUUUUUGGCCAUGCUGCAUUAUAAACAGACUUUUAUGUAUUUUAAGCAAUCGGAAUGUGACUCAUAUCGUCUCCAUUUUUCUAGCCUUGCUUUCUAUGGGUAUGUAUUGCCGUCACAACCAAAGCAACCCCAGGUUACGGAAACCAACAAUUAUCCCCUGCUUUUCUACAGUCUCCUUGGUACAGGAAUAGUUCCGUAUGAUUACAUUUAGUAUUCACAUGUUUUUUGAUUGUCGGCUUAACUUUUCCAUAUCACUUUGAUUGUAUAAUAGGGUGUUAGUGCUGAGAAGCCCAUGCAGUAUAGAGAUAUUAUACAGAACACUACAUGUGGUUUAAAGGAACAUAUCGAACGGAAGUAAAUAUGUGUAUAUGUCCUUUCAAAAUGCUGAAAUAAAUCAUGUAACUGAAACUUAACUGCGAAAGGAAAAAAGCAGCCAAUAAACAUUGAUAUUCAUAGUUUAAA